AUGGCAUUAGACGUAGACUCGAUUUUAAGACGCAUUGGCCAGUUUGGCCCGUUUCAGAUUAGAAUUUUAGCCAUGUUUUUGUUCAUAUUUUUUCCCAUCACUUUCCAAACACUUAUAAUGGUGUUUGUCGCAUACGAGCCUCCAUGGAUGUGCGCCCAGCAGAGCGAACCGUGCGUCGAAUUUAACCGUUCGUCUGGUCGGAGCGCAGUUUACAGUACAGCCACCAAACCAAGUGAGCUGUAUGAAAGGAGAUGUACUUUGGAAAGGAGUGAUUGGAAGUUUGCAAACUACAAUCUAUAUGAUGGGCCACAUAACACCAUUGUUGAUGAGGUAAAACAUUAACUUGAGGGCUUGCAGCACAGUACAGUAUAAUACCGGUUUCUCAAACCCUCGGAUUUUAGGCCAAAACCAACCUCCAUUCACCAUUCAAACAUUGUGAUUAUUUUUCCUUAGAUUUUUAAAACCUCCCGAUAGUUCAAACCCAUUAUUUGCUUCUCGCAGGCGGCCAAAAAACCGGAUUCCAGUGCAGUUUGUUUCGAAUGUAGCCCCCGGAUUUAAAGUGGGCGCGGGUUUGGGUUAGUUAGUUUUAUGUCAGAUAAGGGGAAAUUCGUCUCACAACCGAUUUAGGCAAUUCCCAUCCUGAAUUGGAGAACAGUACACAUUUUUUUUUUGCACUGUCGUCAGCUGCAUGCAUUUAGUGUGCUUAUAAUCUGCGUGGUAAGCGCUCCUGAUAAAAUCAUGGUUAUGCAACUCAGGCUUAAUCGACAUAUAGUUUAGGUUAGUUCGAUUUUUUUCGAUUUGUCAAAUUUACUGAGAAUAUAGGACUGCCGGUCAUUUAGUGUUUUGAAAACCUUGACAGGUUACGGCCAUAUAGCCACAGCGUAUAAGAUAAUGCACGAAUCUAAUAUAUAUAUUUUUUCGUUUUGUACUUUUUUAGAAGUUUUCUGAGUUUUUUUGUACAACACUGUACACUAAAACGUUUUCAGGAUGAACCUUCAUCCUGUCCCUCUUUUAUCCUUAAAUGUUUUUCAAAGAAUGUAAGAAAAGCCCGGCAUAGAAGCGGACAUCUUAGCUCAACCGAUAGUUUCAAGUGUAAUAUUAGUUGAGGUCAAACAUUAGGUCACACACGCACAAUCGACUUAAAUAGUUAAAAGAACUAUGGUUUAUUGUGUAUCCAACUUCACCUUAGCGUAGAAAACCUAGUAAUCAAAAUUUUUCAACGCUUUUUCCAUCCCGUGAUCGGUAACUCCAAUAAUAAGACUUAAUGGUUUUAAAUCAAUGAAAGGGCCAUGAGAGCUUAGUGCUGUUUGACUUGACAUAUUCAAGGCUUCAGAUAAAGUAAUCAAAUCGUUUUUCACAACCACAACACGCAGAGACCAUUUAGCUCGGGUUGAUCCGAGGUUAUUUCAUAGAACCCUAUAAAGUUUCAGAAGAUAUAGAGGUGACCUUUUCUUUUUGUUCACCCUCCUGUGAUGAAACCUCUGUACUGGAUGGCAAGAAAAAAGUGCACUUUCGUGAUGAACAGAGAUUUUGGAUCAAAACAUUGUCACAGAUCCGUGAGGCGCCACCGAUAAACUUCACUUUACGCCACCUUUACAUAGAUCGAAAUCAUCCCAGAUUUAUAUGUACUGUGAUGUUUAACAUGCUCUUGUCUUGCAGAAAAGCGCGACAACAGACAUAAUACGUAUAGAUUUUUACGCCACCUUUACAUCUAAAUAAAGCGUUUAGGCAUCUUAGUAAGCCAGAUUUAAAUGUAUAACUGGUGUAAAGUUGCAACAUGCUCAUGUAUUGGCUGUACUGUUGAAUGUAAAAUAGUCAGAGUUUUGAAAACAUUGCAUGGAGAAUAAAAUAACCGUCCGCCAAAAAAAAAAAAAUGGCCCGUGUAAGAAAAAAUAAAUAUAACACCAAUUUUUUCCAAAACAAUCAAACACAGAAAUACGUAUUCUAUUGUGUUUGCCGCGACAGAUAUGGUUUCGCCACAGUCGCAAGUUAGAACUCUGCUGGCAUUUUCUUUUCAAUUUUUGAACGUUUUUUGAACAUUGCAAAAAAACUAUGCGAACUAGUGUCAGGAAACAAACGACUUACUAAAAACAGUGCCGGGAAUAAAUUCUUCAUUAGGAAGAAUAAAAACCUAAAACCUUUAAAAUGAGCGUAAAGCUGUUACAACAACUUUAUGAAAAAAACCUUUACGCGCCGUGGAAAGUAACACCACCAACAACAAAAAGGAAAUAAUUUAGUUUUUGAACGUAUUCACCACCAACAACAAGAAAUACGUAUUCGGUGCCACUAGAGCCAAUCGGGCAAAGAACACGUGAGCUUUCGUGAUGAAUCCAAAAUCAGUUGUCAAAUGGGCAAGAUAUCAUAGUAUACUUUGCACACUUGACCUCAAAUCUCUCCUAGGGGUGGCUUAGACUAUAAAUAAAUAAAUUUAAGGAUGGAUAACUUAGUUUUUGAUGGACGCGGGGAUAGCCUCCUUGGCUGCCACUCGAGCCGGGGGGGGGGGGCUAUUGGGGGAGUCCGAUCCGGCCCGAGCGGCUGCGAAGGAGACUAACGGCGGAUGUUGACAAAAAAAAACAAAAACAAGCAAACAACCCCAACCAAAAGCUAGAAAAAAAGAUAAAGAACACAUGGUGGAAAUCAAAUAACGCGAUAAAAGUCUUUUCAUUAUAAGUUGUUAUUUAUAGAUUCAUCUACUUAAUUACCUCUUUAUCUGCUUGUUGUGGUUAUUUUUUUAGUUUGAUUUAGUCUGCAGUCGUGGCUUCCUCGGCUGGUUAGCAAACGCCAUGCUAUUUUUCGGCUGGGCAGUUGGAGCAAUCGUACUUGGUUUGGUGGCAGAUAAAUUUGGACGAAAGAGCGUUCUUUUCCCAUCCGUCUUCGUAGUUCUUGUUGUUACAUUUGCGAUGUCAUUUGCAAAAGCCUUCUGGAUAGUGGCUGUUUGCCGUGCUGUUAUCGGGUUUUUUGAGGCAGGCUGCUUUUUGUCAAUGUUCGUACUGGCGACUGAACUCGUUGGACCCGAGAAACGUGCCCUAGCAGGAACCUUGGUUUGGUUUUAUUUUACGGCAGCCUUAAUGGUUUUGGGACUCACAGCCUACUUUGUACGCGACUGGCGCACACUAUUGAUCCUUUCCUCGGCUCCAUGGAUUUUCAUUCUUGUCUUUUGGAAGUAAGCGAAAAUAUAUACAUCGCCCCAUGUAAGGAGACGUUGAGGAAUGCGGAUUCUAGGUAUUGGAUCCUUAUAUGUGGAACUUAAGACUGAGUUUAUAAUUGUUUACGGGAUUCUGGACUCCUUAAGCCGGAUUAUGGAUUCCAAAGCCUAGGAUUUCCGAUUAACCUUACAUGGGGCGAAAAUGCAGUAAACAGUUUCGGUCAGUUUUGCCACUCAAAUCCUUACGUCACACUUGCCGUUUGGAAAAGGAAGUUUGAGCACAACCUUAACCACAGUCCCCUACCGGUACACGGUUGUUUUUGUCAUUGAACUUUUAUAGCUCUCGAUUUAGGAAAAAAAUGAAAGUCAAUCAAGAUCGAAUUUCUGAAAAAAGGCCUUGACGUUCGUCACUUUCAGUUUAGCAACCCUGCAAUCAAACCCGUUCAGCACGUUUUUCAUAUAGUUCUUAGAUUGCUGGUUUUCAAUGUCAUGCCAUCAAAAGAAAAAAAAUGGCCCUUAAUUCCAGAAUCUGGAAUAUGAAGGAGGUAAAGUUCCUUACCAAAGCUUAGGCCAGUACAGUGCGAGGGGGAAAUGAUGAUUUACCCGAAAAAUCAUUUAUCCCCCAAAAAAAACCUUACACUGAGCGUUGUAGAUAAUAUAUUUGAUAUAAAUUCAAAUUAAUCAAUGUAUUAAUCGAAAAUUAAAAGUUGAUAUAUGAAAUGCAUUUUUCAUGAAAGGUUUGUUCCAGAAUCGGUUAGAUGGCUUCUCGUGAAAGGACAGAGAGAUAAAGCCCAAGCCAUUUUGCAGAAUGUAGCAAAAGUGAACAAAAAGGAAAUGCCAAGUGAAGAUAUUCUUGUCCCCGUAACCACGGCAAAUAAAGGAGUUUUAGAACUCUUCAAAACAUGGUAUCUGGCAAAACUGUCUUUAAUUCAGAUAUAUGUUUGGUAAGUGUUGCGAUAUACGUAUGCUAUAAAUAAUUGCUUUUGAAGUGCCUAGAUUCAUGUAAUUAAUAAACUUUUCUCUUCUUCAGUACUGCGACCGAAUUCAACAAACCAAAGCAAAACAAAAAACAAUCAAAAUUAAAAACCAAAACAAAACAAAAUUAAUUUCUGAGAAAAAUAAUGAUAACCGCUUACUCCCAGCACACCACCGCUUACAGUUGACCCUGACGAGUUGAAUGCUUUCUUCGCAUCUACUUCGGAGCUAGUCACUUCUAGCGCUACUGCAAAACCAGUUGAAGCUCUUCUCAAGUUGAUUGACGCUUUUCCCGAAGACAGCGACACUUCCUUCCAACUACGAUCGAACACCUGUUUAGAGGUUUUACAGCAGAUAAAGAAGUUAAGAUCAGAUUGCUCUUCCGGGCCAGACAAUAUCCCGGUUAAAUUUGUCAAAAUAUUGGCUGCUCACAUUGCGUCGCCAUUAACGCACGUAUAGAACACCUGUAUCUAGAAGUUGAUUUUCCCGUGGCAUGGAAGAAAGCACAUAUUAGCGCUGUCCCUAAAACAAGUGAAGUCAAGACCAACAACGAGCUUAGGCCCAUGUCAAUACUUCCUGUGUUUUCAAAGCUCUACGAGCGCCUUGUACUACGUCAGAAAGCUGAUCUUUUAGCACUUCUUCUGGGGGCGUUCUUAAAGACACCCUAAGCGCUUUUAGGAAAGGACACAAUACCACCACAGAGCUAUUGGCCAUGAUGGAUGACAUCCUUCGGGUUAUGCAACGAGGUGAGGUUACUAGGGCUGUGUUAGCUGACUAUUUCAAGGCAUUCGACACUGUCGCCUUCGAAACUGUGCUGCUAAAGCUACGUGGUCUAGGCUUUUCCACGGCCAACUUCAGAUUGAUUGUUUCCUACCUGACUGACAGAAAACAAUUCGUCCAAAUAGACGACAAUACCUCUAAGCAUAUUGACGUGACAUUUGGUGUUCCUCGGGACUCGAUUCUGAGGCCAAUACUAUUUAACCUCUAUGUUAAUGAAAUUUAAGACUGCCUGGGUUCUAUCAAGUCAUACCAAUAUGCUGAUGACACAACAAUGUAUCUCCAGAAGAAACCCACUAUUUUAAAAGAUGGCGAAAAGCGGUUACAGCAGGCUCUCAACGACCUGGCCACCUGGUCGGCUGAUUGUAAUCUAUACCUAAAAGUGUCGAGUUGUCAUAACUCUCUUUCUCUAAUUAGAAAACUUAAGAGGUCUGCUCCACUUAAUGUUAGGAAACAAGUAGCCGAAAGUCUCGUAUUUUCUAAACUAUAUUAUAACGACAUUGUUUAUGUCACCACCUUCUUGAUUACUUUCUUGAUUUCUUCGUUCGCCGCUUACUUCGUGUCCAGAUUGCAGCCGCCAGCUUUGUUCGUAAUCGUUAUGCGACCAUGUCGGCUGUCCUUGACUUGGGCCGGCUACCCGUAGCCUAUAACAUAGAGCUCAACUUGUGCAAAAUGGUAUUCAAAGCCCUAAGUAGCGUCACUGGUCUAGGUACGAACAAGCCAGCGGAAUUUAAGAUCCUCGGAUGAACUGAAUCUUAUUGUUCCAGAAUAGUCAGGCAUCUUCCAAGACAGUGCCGCGCAAUGUUUCAUCAACCUCCCCAAGACCAUCAAAACUUGCACGGAGAGAGCCACCUUUGUAUGCAAAUACAAAGAACAUUACGAAGCCCUUAACAAGUCUAGCGUGUGACCCCCUUUUUUGUAUAUAGAUAUAUAUUUUUACGUUUUUUUUUUCUUUUAGAGUUCUACCUUUUUUUCAUAUUUUGUAGUUAGUUUUAACAGUUGGUAUACUGUAGCAUAGAAGAACCAUUUUUUAUGGAAUGCUAAUAAACUUUACAGUUACGAUUCUAACCUAGUUCUUCAGUGGUUAACUUCUUAUCUGGUUGACCGUCCUCAAUGGAUAGUGUUAGAGAAGUUUUCUUCCCAGCCUCGUCGUUUAUCCUGUGGAGACCCUCAAGGUUCCGUUUUAGGGCCGGUGUUAUUUUCUCUUUAUAUUUCUCCACUGGAAGAUGUAAUUACGGUUCACGGCUUAAAUGCAAUGAUGUAAGCAGACGAUUCUCAGCUUUACAUUAUUAUGAGUCAAAGCAAUCGUGCUAAAGCAUUAAAGGACCUUACGCCUUGUAUCCAAGAUAUCAUGUCCUGGAAUGUUUUUAACAUGCUUAAAUGUAACCCAAACAAGACUGAAAUAAUUCAUGCACUUUUCCUCGCAUUUUUCACAGGCCAAACUAGUUCCUUCUAUCAAGAUUGGAGAUUGUCCAAUUUCUUUGAGUAAUGAAGUCAAAGACCUCGGGGACACACUUGAUCGCCAUCUUACUUUUAAAACUCACGUCAACAACAUUUGCCGCUCCGCCCUACGAUCUAUUCAUCACAUCGGAAAAUUAGGAACCUUCUAUCUAGAUGCACUAAGGAAAAUCUUAUUUAUGCAUUUGUUUCUUCAAAACUGGAUUACUAGGCAACAGCAUUCUUUACAGCAUACCCUCCAAUGAGCUAGAGAAACUACAACGGUUGCAAAAUACAGCCGCAAGGCUAGCUGUUAGAGCAAAAACGUCGGCUCACAUCACUCCUUCCAACUCUGUUGGUUACAUACAAAAUCCUCCAUAGCUUCUCACCGACCUAUUUAAAUGAGCUGCUAUUUAACUACACGCCUCACCGUUUACUAUGGUCAAGCAGCUUAAACUGCUGUCUAUUCCAAAGACUAGAACGGUUACCUAUGGCGACAGAUCCUUCUCCGUCAUUGCACCAAAGCUCUGGAAUGAUCGACCCAUUACAAUCAAACAGUGCUCCACAGUUGACUCUUUUAAAUCGAGGUUAAAAACUUUUCUUUUUAACCGUGUUUAUUGUUAGAUUAGGUAAAUAACGUAAAAAGCAUCGAGACUUCCAUUAGUUGUAAAAUGCGUUUUUAAGCACCUUGUUAUUAUUAUUAUUAUUAUUAUCAGGGUCCGAAAUUGCGCCUUCCUGGUCGCCAAUGCGACUAAACAUUUAGUCCUGGCGACCAGAAUUUCAUAACUGGUCGCCAGCUAGCGACUUGUAAAGCUGGUUGUUAUUGUGGACUUAAACGUUCGGAGAAACUGAUUAAGAAUUGAAACCUCGAAGCUAUUUGCCAACAGGUGUCUCACUUUUUGUCCUGCUGAUAUUUUUUAAUUAAAAGUGAAAAAAAAAUCUUCCUGUAAUAAUACCUCCACAGCAGCUACUAUCAAUACGAGUUGAACGUUUCCAAGCCGCCAUGUUGUUUUCAGCUGUAAUACGGUAAGUACGUUAUGUACUUUGUGGACUAGUACGAGUAAUGUGGCACAGUUGUGGCCUGGUACGAGCAAUAUGGCGGCUAUGUUUCGUGGUAGUUAUCGGAAGAAAAUAGAGUUUUGAUAUGAUCAGUGCAGUCAUGAGCAGACUGCAGCUUUCUGUUCCUACGUUCUAGGCCAGAUAGCUUUACAUGUGUAUCUCCAAAAAGUAAUUUGUGGAAAAAAUAAGACUUCACUCGUACACGUACGGUUGCUUUCUGGUAUCGGGAGCGGAAGUAGUGCAAUUUUUGAGCACAAAAACGUCCAUACAAUGCAUUUUUUAUUCGUGUUUAAACUUUUAUUUGAAAAAAAGGGAGGGGGAAUUUUUGGCGACCACAAUUUUCCCUCUGGCGACCAAAAAUUUAUACUUGAUCGCCAGCUGGCGCUCGUAUUAAAAAGUUAAUUUCGGACCCUGAUUAUCAUUAUCGUUAUCAUUAUUAUUAUUAUCAUUAUUAUUUAGAGAGAAAGUGCCGCCAAUUUGUUUCACAUCUGAAAACGGGUAAAACUUCCAUUCUUCUGUUCAUCUAUUCAUUACAUUCUAUUCUUUGAUUGUCUGGAAAGCAGUGAAAGUCCUUAAACAUGAUCUCUCCACUUUUCUCAUACGAUAAUAUUAUCCAUUGUAAUAUUACUUCUAUCAUUACAGGUUUGUGAAUGGUAUGGUAUAUUACGGACUUUCUUUGAGCUCAGGAGAAUUUGGUGGAAGCAUUUAUUUGAACUUUGUUCUUACAAGCUUGGUGGAAAUUCCUGGGAAUAUACUGGUCAUCCACAACUGUAACAGGUUAUUUAAAUUUAGUUGCAGAAAUAUAUAACAGUUAUAUUCGAAAGUUAAAUCUGUUGUUAACUAACACUUUAACCUUGGCCGUCCACAAAAGCGAAAUCGUUUUAAUCUUGAUAUAUCCACAGCUCUUUUAUUGUUAUUAUUACUUUUUUGUUUGUUUUUACCUAAAUACAAUCUAUUUAAGGAUUCAUGAUUCCUGCAAGAACUUUCUUCAAGAUUUAUGAUCCGUAUUCCAAUCGUAAUCAGUGUGUCCAUUUCUCAUAAACUGAUUAAAUCAAAAGCCCUUUUGAGUAGCGUUGAUUUGGGAAUCUUUCGACGCUUUUUUUCUUGAGAAAAUCUUCUUGUUUCGAGGUUGUACGAGACAUCAGCGGACGGGAAUGAACAAUCGCUCUCAGUUAAAUUACAGAAAAAAACCGAGACUAAGAACCUGGUUUCUAAGAAAAUUUGCCAGUUAGACCCCCCACUAUACAAGAUCCUGUUUAACCUAAAAUUUUAAAAUAUAUACAUAUUAUACAAAAAUUAAGAACCUGUUUAGCCUAAAACUGAAACGGGUUCUUAUUGUCUAAAAUCUACAAUAGAAAUAAAAAUUCUGUACACUUUGGAGACAUCAUAAGUGACUUGUCACACCAACCGUGUGAAUGCAAUGUAAAUGCCAAUGUCGAAAAUGGUAUUUGAUAUAAUUACAUGUUAAAUACAGUAUAUGAAUUAUAUGAGCUAGAAUUUUUAGUGUUGACUGUUCAAUAAUAUUGUUUGUAUCUCCUGCACAUCAGCAUAUGGACGAGUUUGUAAAAUGACGAAUGAUGAACCAGAGGACCAGACAGAAUGAAAAGAAAAUGUUCUUUUUCUUCAGAAAACUAAGAACUUUUUUAAGAACCCGAAUAGCCUAAAUUUGUGUUAAUUACCAUUUAUGUAAGAACUCGUUUAGGAUAACUUUGGAAAAUGCAGGUUGUUAUUCGAAGGUUUUUACUGUGCUAAAUAAUUCCCACUUCUGUGUUUAGAUUUGGCCGCAAGAAGACCACAACGGCCUACAUGAUUGCCGCAGGAAUUUCUGUAGUGGCAGUUUCGUUUAUUCCCCAUGGUACAAAUAACACAGGUAAAAAAGCGCAAUCAGUCUCAUUUUGAUAAGAAGCCAAGUGAACGACUAUUGGAUAUUUAUACGGUAUAUCACAGUUAAGAGUGCAAUGGUUAAACUGGCCCGCAAGACUCCUUUGUGAUAUGUUUUUGUGGACUUGGCGGUGUACAACGUUUAAUGGCCUUUUUUAUCAGUUUGAUAUUUUUGACCAGUAAAAACGUCGUAUUAAUCUAAAUAUCCAGUCACAAUUUGUGAACAGGUGAUACAAAAGAUUGGACACCGUCAGGAAGCUUUCAAUUGCCCCAUGUAAGGGAAUCCAAGAUAGUCUUGGAUUCUGCAUUGUAUGCCUUGGAUUCGGGAUUCCAGGAACUGGAUUCCAGUCUUUGUCAGUGGAACUUGGAUUUUAGAUUCCAAUCUCUAGUGGGAUUCCGGAUUUCUUGAGCUUUAUACCGGAUUCCAAAGCCCAGGAUUCCAGAUACCACAAGCAAUAUUUUUCCCGGAUUCUGUAUUCCACGCGAGAAAUUUUCCUGGAUUCUGGAAUCCGGGUUUUCUUACAUGGGGCGAUUUUAACAUAAGAACCGCUGUUUCUGACUUUGAUGUUUGCUGCCUUUCAUAACCAGCCACCUUUACUAACUAUGGCAUGUGGUCCUUACUUAUUGCUAUUGGAAAUAUUGGUUUCUUAAAGGUUAUAUUGCUGGUCGAGUAGCACUUGGUUCCCUGGGUAAAAUGUUUAUCACUACUUCUUUCGAUUCCGUGUAUGUUUUCUCCGCUGAACUUUUUCCAACUGUUGUGAGGUGAGUUAUAUUUGCAAAAGGUAAAAUUUUCAAAUGUUUUAUGAAAAAAAAAAAUAAACGAAGAUUAGUACCAGAAUCCGGGACAACGUCAUACUUAGAACAACGAAAUAAUUGAAGGGGACCAAAGAAGACUAAUCACCAAAAAGAUAGCAGAAAAUUUGGCUUUGGAAUAAAGAAAGCAUACACAUCUGUUUUUUUGUUUGUUUGUUUGCUUGUUUGUUUUUUAAGGGGGGAGGGGCGUGGAAUAGCGAUUGUCAUUAUCAUCACUAUGGCUAUCGUUAUCGUUAUCAUUGUCAUUGUCAUUGCCAUCGUCAUUGCCAUUGCCAGAUUUGCCAUCGCCAUUGCCAUUGUCAUCGCUAUUGUCGUUGCUAUUGCGUAAUUGUCAUAGUCAUUACCAUUGCCAUUAUCAUAGAUAUUGUCAUUGUCAUUGUUAUUGCCAUUGUCAUUGCUAUUGUCAUUGCCAUUGCAUUUCCAUCGCCGUCUUCAUCGCAAUCGCCAUUGCUAUUGCUAGUCAUUGCUAUUGUCAUUGCCAUUGCCAUCGCCAUUGUCAUUGCUAUUGACAUUGCUAUCGCCAUUGCCAUUACCAUCGCCAUCGCAAUCACCAUUGUCAUCGUCAUCGUCAUUACCAUCGUCAUCGUCAUCGCUAUCGCCAUUGCUAUUGCCAGUCAUUGCUAUGGUCAUAUUGUCAUUGCCAUUGUCAUUGCUAUUGCCAUUGCCAUCGCUAUCGCAGUCGCCAUCGUAAUCGCCACGGCCAUCGCCAACGCAAUCACCAUUGUCAUCGUCAUCGCCAUUACCAUCGUCAUCGUCAUCACUAUCGCCAUCACCAUCGCCAUUGUCAUUAUCGUUACUUAAGAAGAGGCCAUCGUCCCCGCUAAGGUAGCUAAGCAAAUUCAGGGCUGGCUAGCAGGACCAUCAGAGGCUUAAUAGUGAAUACUAUUUUUCCAACGACCUUCAUCUCUCCAAUAGAUUUGGAAGUGCUUUAAUCUAUGAUAAAUUGUUUUAGCUUUCAAUGAAUAAAUACUGUGAUUUUAGAUGCAUGUCUAGCUAAUUGCUCUAUUUUAAACUUUCAAGCGGGCCCCAGUCCCUACCGCCCCGCCACAUGCCCUUUUUACGUGAGAUUAUUCUGUUUUUCUUCUUUUUUCUUUAUUAAUGUGUUUAGAAACAGUGGCAUGGGAAUGGUAUCUGUAGCAAGCCGAAUCGGUGCCGCAAGUUCACCGUUUGUCGUUCAGAUGACCCGUAUUAACUCUGUGCUACCCUUCGCUGUAAUGGGAGCCUUGUCAUUCAUUGGAGCUAUCAUGUGUUGGGUUCUUCCAGAGACCCAGGGAAAAAGAACCGCUGAAGUAAUGGAAGACAACGAAAAAAAGGAAGGUCAGUUAACUUGU